AUGUUCACCACUGUGUACAUCAUGCAGAAUUGUGCCUGGAUUGUCGUGUACACGAUCUACUCGGCCCAAAACACGAUACCCUGGCGCACGUGCAGCCCAUCGUACAACUCGAAAUACUGCUACACCCAGGCGCUUCAGAGCGAGUGCACCAGGACGUCCAACUACUCCAUCUACUUUGACUUCCGGUGCAGGUCGCCCGGCCAAUUCUGUGCCUACCACGGCUUCGCCAACUCCAACGGCACGCACUGCUUUAACAAGCCGCAGCGGCCUACGGGGACCUACCAGACCAACGUCACCGACGACUGGCCCGUUGCUGGUCAGGCGACGCCCGUCGGUCACGUCGGCCGCCGUCUGAUCUCGCAGCGUGAUUUCUUCUACUACUUCGUGCGCGACAGACCGAGCAACCACACUCGCGCGGGCCUCAAGGAGCACCGGCGCGCCGUCUUCACGCGCAGCUACCUGCUCGCUUGGCUGCUCGCGUUGCUGCCCUGCUUCAGCGUCUGGCUCUCCUCGUGGGUCGCGGUGCUGCUGGUGCUGCUCAGCCCGGUCGUGGUCCUGCUCCUUCUGUGUCGUGUGUUGAUCUUCCCCGGCUCCUGGGCCGGCAUCGCCAACUUCUUCUACGGGCGCGCGCACCUCGCCACCCUCAUCGACCUCAACUGCUGGGUCGAUGCCAUCAGCAUGGCGUACUGGAGCGUCAACAUAGGCGGGGGCCUGAACCCCGCGCUGAGCUCGCGCAACCGGCUGCGCCACAACGCACUGCUGAGCUCCGUCAUCGUCGUGUUCUCUGAUUUGGCGUUCGGCGUCCUCAACAGCAUGGUGCUGUUCUCUGUGCGCGGCACUCUCGAGGUCCGCUCCGCGUUCAUGUACGGGGAGCUGCUGGAGCUGGACGACGACCCGCAGGCGCUUACGUUCGUCGCCUUCACCACCGUCGUCGAGAUGAUGCCACACCAGCGCUUCUGGGGCGUAAUUUACUUCGGCACGAUGCUGGGGCAGACGGUGGGCUCGGUCGCCAUGGUCGUCAUCGCCCUGGGCCUGAGCCUGGUGGACGCGGUGCCGUUCUUCGGGCACUUGGCGUUCCCGCUGGCGGCGCUGACGGCCUACUCGCCAGCGCUGCUCCUCGGCGCGGUUGUCGGCCUCGGCACCUGGUUUGGCUCCGAAUGGUCCUGCUUCUCGCUCUUCCAGCUGCAGUGGAUCGUAUGCAACAUGCUGAUCGCCAUGGUGCUCGGUCAGAAGCUCUCGAAGCCGGCAUUCCUGACCGAGACCAGGGAGCUCCUGCAUCAGCCGCUCGGCCGCAACCUCGGACGCUUCUUCGUCGUCAGCUGGCUCGUCAUCACGCCCUUCAUCACCGUCUUCCAGAUGCUGUACAUGAUAACGCACUUCCAGCUGCCGCCCGUGCGCCCCGGCUCGCACUGGUUGAUGGCGCUGAGCUGGGUGGCGGUCUCAACGCCGCCUCUGGUGACACUCGUGACCACGGUGGUGGUGUGCCGCAGCACCAACACCUGGGCGCUGUUCGCCACCACCGACCAGUUCCGGCCGGAUCCGCAAGCGCUAGUCGAGCUUCAGAGUGCCGCCACGAUCGGCCUGGAGACGUACGUGGACCAGACGUCCAGCGGCAAGGUCAGAGGUCCGAGGUCAGAGUCAGCAGCUUCCCCCUCCCAGCAUGAGGGUCCUCGCACUGAGCUGCGAGGAUCUUCGCUCUGA